AUGGUCCGGAAUGGAUCGCUUUUACGGAAAUCUGUAAUGGACAGAGAUCGAUUUCACUUGGCGCAUGUAGCAAUGCAUAUAUUCGAUGCUCCUACAAUUCAACCGAUUUUUAAUGGAGUAAUUUGUGAAGUUGCACGAAAUAAUUGCAUAAGUAUUUGGAGUAAACGAAUGGGAAAAAUUAAUUUUGAAACAGAAAAACUUUUUGAGGAAAUGAAUUUUUGCUACGAUGAUGGCCCAGGAAUAUAUAUGUUUCCAAAGAUUAUAUGUUCUCGACAAGCUUAUGUAUGCAAAAAUCAUAAUGAAGGAUUUGCAAUUACAUGUCUGCCAGGAAUCGAAAAUGGAGAAUGGUAUCGUCUGGUCAGUGCAACCGACAGUUUAUAUAUUGUCGAGUAUUCCGUUUGUAAAAAUGGUCAUUGGGAGGAUCAGAGCUGUCCAACUGGAAUGAUGUAUUUUGAAGCCGAUCAAACGUGUCGAACAGAUCCAUCAUGUGCUCAUCCAUUUGAAUGUAAAAUAGGCCAAUCAUUUCAAUUGAAAUGUAAUGAAUACUUAAUUUGUUCUUCGAAAGGUGUCGUUGAGCAUCAUUUUUGUCCACCAUUUCAUCGAUGGAACAGUCGGACACGGUUGUGCAUUUCUGAUGAUAAAUGCUUAUCUUCAUCAAGCAAACUAUGUAAAGAAGGUACAGUUAUCGAUAGUUUUGAUUGUAAAUUUUAUUAUCAGUGUUCCGGUGGAAAGUGGCAUAAAAUGUCAUGUAUGACAUAUCCAGCUGUAGAGUUGUGCAAAUCAUGUCGCUAUAGUGAUAAUAACUUUCGACAUACCGAAGAAAGAUGCAAUAAAGGUGACGCGAUAGCUAAUCCGCAUAAUUGCCAAAGUUAUGCGAUAUGUGAUGAUGGAAGAUGGAGAAAUGAUCAAUGUGAAGUUGGCACUUUUUGGAAUCAACAAUUAAAACGAUGUCAUCACACCACCGAUUGUAUAGCAUUCAAACGUGCUAAAUGUAUUCAUGGACAGCAUUUAGUCGGUGGAAUAUGCAAUGAAUAUUUGAAAUGUCUGCAGGGCUCAUGGAUAACAAUGAAAUGCCUUCCGGGAUAUGCUUUUAAUGUAACCACGAAAAAAUGUGCUAUUUCGAAUGAAUGUGUAUCAUCGAAUAAUAAUUAUUUAAGUAUAAUAGAUUACGGUAUUGCUGAUUCAUUAGCAUCAUUUUUUCAAGCAGAGACGAAACAGGAACAGAGUCAGCAGCUACAUUGGGUAAUUAAGACAUUUAAAUGUAGCUAA